GUUGCCACGCUUUCCCGAAAGAUGUCGCGUCGUCUACAUUUGACAACCGCUCGCAGUAAAAUCGAAUGCGUGUGCGGUAAGAUUGAAUUGUUCAUAAAUUUUAUAUAUUUUUUUUAUCAACUCGAGAUAGAAUAUAAUAUGGACGAUGAUUGCAACACAACCAUCAAAGAAACGUUCCAGGAACCGCGGAAAAGAUUUUGGCUGAGAUCAAGAAAACGACCAAAGAGCGACGCGAUGAGCAUCAGCUCGAUGGACAUAUCCAUGGACUCUGACAUGGGAAAGAAGAAGAAACGUCGUAGAAUUACAGAGGUUGCUAGCAGUAUAUUUUCCUCGUCCAUAGUAGGGAGUAAGCUGGGAAAUACACUGCACAGAUCUUUCACGGUUCAAUCAAACACAUCGGAUUUGUCAAUUAUUGAGGAUGAAGCGGAUACUGGAACAUUACGUAGAAAAUUGAACAAUGCUACUGAAAAUUGUAACAACUUAACAAUUAGGAGUUGGAUGUUGGAUGUUGCAAAGUCUCAAGGCAAGGAGCGCUUGAACAGUAUAUUAAGUCGAAGUGAAAUUAAAAGACAGGAGGCUAUUUAUGAAUUGUACUGUGGUGAAAAUGUGCUGCUAAAUGAGCUCUAUAUACUCAAAAAUUGUUAUUACGAACCAGUGCUGUCCACUGAAAUUUUUACAUCCGAAGAGCUAUUCACCCUUUUUGGUGAUGUUACAAAUCUUAUUGAGAUACACAGUAAUUUAAGAGAUGAGUUGCUCAAACUCAGAGAUAAAUCUGGAUUCACAAAGACUGUCGGUCCAACAUUAUUGAACUGGCUGUCGACAUUGAAGAAACCAUACCUGGAGAGAUGUAGAACGUUAGUUUGGGCGAGACAUUUACUGGACGAGAAGAGAUUUAGCAAUAAAAGAUUCCAGUCAUUUUUAAAAAAACGUUUAGAGUUACCACAUUCUGUUGACUUAUGGACUUAUUUAGAUGUGCCACGUUCAAGGAUUGUCAAGUACCCAUUAUUGGUGAAGGAGAUUUUAAAACAUACUUCCACUAGUGAUGCAGAUCAUUUGUUGCUGAAAGAAGCAAGUAAUAUCUUGUCCAAUUUGCUAAAAGAUAUUGAUUGCAUUAUGGGUGAUGCCGAAUGUAAGCUCGCUCAAUCGAAAAUAAACGCAAAGAUCGAGAACGAUCCUGAAAAAUGCAUCGUAAACGCCACAGAAUUAAUCAUACAAGGCCAGCUUAAGGAUACACGUGGAAUAAAAUAUUAUUGCUUUCUUUUCGACACAUGCUUCGCAAUAACUCGCCCUACGCGGCGUGUUAACAAAAAGUACAAUUUGCUCUUUCCGGUCGUAUCCAAAGAACUAAUAUAUGUACAAACAGACGACAAAAAUAAUACAGAAAUUGGUUUUAAAAUCCGAGAACAUUCUUUCAUAAUGGAAGAUGGACAUAAAAAACGGCAUUGGAUUGAUGCAUUCAACAAAUUGUACUCUAGAGUGAGUAUUCCGGACAAAGUGUUCAACACUGACGACAAGGAGAACCUGUUGAAUGACACAGAAUUAUCGGAAUCGAAUAAUCGUGUUACACGAACAUCAAUAUCCAGAAGAACUUCCACAAAUAGUAUAAACGAAAGUCAUUUUUCCUUUUCUAUAAGGAAAAGUUUGCUCAAGCAGAAACGUAACAGUAUCGGCUAUAUAUAAUAAAAGAUUAUUUGCGAGCUUUUGUAUCUUUGAUAAGAAGCAUACUCGUUCAUGUAUUAUAAAAAAACGGUGAAACCUAUUUCCAAUUAGUACAAAGUUAGGGAAAUAGAAACUAUUCUUAUUCAUGUUCUAAUUUUACUUUAAAAGAUUCUAGCUUUUUAAGAUUAAAGAAACUUUUAGUAAGUAGUUAUUAUACUUUUAGUAAUAACUAAAACUAUAAUAACUAUUUUUUGAAAUAUUAUUGCUAUACAUUUCCUAACAUGUACACAUUCCCAAUAUGUGAUGAUAUAAAUUUAGAUUUGAUUUAUAA